UCUCUACACACGAGCACCGCCUGUCCAGCACCUCCUCACAACAACAAACGCGCUUUCCACGGCAGGAAGAGACGCCACAGAGAGAAAGAAAGACAUUUAACAUGUAGUUUUAUGAACAGACACUUCGGUAAAGUUACGAGUUUGUGGAUGAAACGACAUAAAAAGGACGAAGAACACGUCGCAUCCAGAUUUUCUGAGCAGACUUUGUAAAGAGCAGAGCAGCUGUCCCGGACUGUCCACUCCACUGUACACGUUUGGGAGAACAGAGGGAGACGAAGAGAGAAUGAAGAGCUGCUUGCCGUGUGAGUUCUUGGGAUGCUCGACCGACUUGAACCUCAUGCUUUUUUAAGGCCUCCAGAAGCGAAACACAGGGUGUCAUUAACAGAGCGAGUGACCCCUCUGAGCUGCCACCAUGGCCCUGGUUCAGGCUCUGCCCAUAUCUGCUGAGCCCCACAACCCCGGCCUCAGUGGAGGACCCCGCAGGAGACACCCCUCUGGCUCUUCACCCCCCCUCAACGCACCACCCUCCACUCUGGAUCCUAUGGGGUCUGUGAGCAGCCUCAUUGCCAGCCGCCCGGGUCCUUACCAGGACCACCGACCUGUCGGUGAGCUGGGAGCCAGGGUCCGACGGCCCACACCAGGCGCCUCCUGCCUGGGCUCUGAUUCACCCCUGGAUUCCUUAUUACUGCAGAGCAUCCCGCCGCUGAAGAAACAGAGCUCCACGACAUCCAGCAGGGGGCUGGAGAAGGAGAGUGGGAAUGGGAACUAUACCUAUCUGAAUGAGGACUACGUAGGUGACUGGAAUGAAAACCAUGUAACACGUGCGAGCCCAGGAAGUGACGCUGAUGACACUAAAGGAUCAGGGUUGAAUGGUAACAUGGGCGGACCUCCUCCAAAACUGAUUCCUGUGUCAGGAAAACUUGAGAAGAACAUGGAGAAAACAGUGCUGCGACCCACUGCCUUCAAGCCCGUCAUUCCCAAGAGCCGUACCUCCAUGCAAUACCUCUCCCCUCGCCAUUGUGCCAACGUGUCCGAAAGCCAAAACAAUUUGAACCUGCUGAGCCCCACACACAUAGAGGCGUCGCCUUCCUGCUCUGAGAAAAGCAGCGCGCACAGCAGGGCCCGUAACAGCGGAGGCGGCAGCAGCCACUCCUGCCAACUGACCGACUCUGGACGCAACUCCCUCUCCAGCCUCCCACCUUACAGCAGCGCCGGCUACAGCCUGGCAUCAGGAGAGGCCUCUGCUGGCCACCUGGAGCCCAUGAAAAGCGCCCCACCAGUCAGCGGACACGGACACUCCAACUCAGACAGCGGGCGCUCGUCCUCCAGUAAGAGUACAGGCUCUGGCUCGUUAAGUGGCCGAGGACAGCCUCUGUCUGACAGCGGGUCCACCGGGCGCUCCCCUGGCCCGGUGGAGGGUUACGAGGGGGUGGUGAGGGACCUGGAGGAUAAACUGAGGGAGAGAGAGCAGGAGCUGCAGCAACUCAGAGACAACCUGGAUGAGAAUGAAGCUGCAAUUUGUCAGGUUUAUGAGGAGAAGCAGAAGCGCUUUGAGCUGGAGCUGGAGGAGCUGAGGCAGAGCUGUGCCACCAGGAUGCAGGUCGCCUCACAGAAGUCCCAGCGUGCACAGCAGGUGCUUCAGUUGCAGGUUUUUCAGCUCCAGCAGGAGAAGAAGAAGCUGCAGGAGGACUUUGCUCAGCUUUUGAAGGAGCGGGAGCAGCUAGAGGAGCGCUGCACCUCCUAUGAGCACGAGAAGAUCCAGCUGGGGCCUCGACUGGAGGAGAGCAAGUGGGAGGUCUGUCAGAAGUCGGGGGAAAUCUCGUUGCUGAAGCAGCAGCUCAAGGAGGUGCAGGGAGAGUUAGCCCAACGUGUGGGGGAGAUUGUCUCACUGCGGGGUCAACUCAGAGAGACUCGUGGCGAGCUCACAAACACCCAGGUCCUGCUCCAGGAGGCCCACGGCACAACCCGCACACGAACCCUGGAGCUGGAGGUGUGUGAAAACGAGCUUCAGCGUCGUAAAAGCGAAGCGGAGCUGCUCAGAGAAAAGGUAGGUCGCCUCGAGGGAGAGUUGGUUCAUCUCAGAGAUGCUUUGGCCAAUCAGGGCCCAGGAAACAGACAGUGUCAGGUGUUCCAGGAAGCAGAGGAGCACCUGCUGGCCUAUGAGAGUGAUGAGGCGAAGGCCCAACGGCAGAGCAGCAGCGAGGGGCUGCAGAACAUGAAGGUGCAGAUGGACAGAAUGAGGGCUGAGCUGGCCUUCGAGCGUCAGCGAGCCGAGGAGCAAACGGGAGGCUUCGAGGAGGAGCGCAGGAUAUGGCAGGAGGAAAAGGACAAAGUUAUCCGCUACCAGAAGCAGCUGCAGCAGAACUAUGUGCAGAUGUAUCGCAGGAACCGAGAGCUGGAGCAGCUCCUGCAGGAGCUCAGUCAGGAACUGGAGAGCAGAGAGGAGGACGAGGGCAGCGGCAACGAGAUCAACUUUGAUGAGAUCGCCGCUACAGAAAUCUGACCCUUGUGUCUCUCCGUCUUUUGAUUUGCACUACUGUCAGCUGAAUAUUUUUUUGUCACCUACAUCACAGUAAAAAAAUCUGCAGUUUCAAAUGAGACACUCUUUAGUUCUGCCUCAUUGGUCUAUUCUCCAAGGAGUCCCACUUGAAAGUCAGUGACCUCUAUUAGUCAUUAGUAGGCCACCUCAGUCUCCUGCCCUUCUGUUAAAGGGAAAGUUUGGAUUUUUUGAAGUGGGGUUGUAUGAGGUACUUCUCCAUAGUUAGUGUAUUACCUACUGUAGAUGGUGGGUCAGCAUGCCCCUCAGUUUGGAGAAGCAGGCAGGUGUACCGCUAUGGGAGCUUAACAGUGUACUGCUGUGGACGGGGGUAACAAUAAACAUAUUUUAGCCAUCUAAAAAAAAUCAGAAUCUGUUUAAGUGGGCACUAUAUUUUGAAUAUUUUAAUUGCUUUACCUUGCCAUCAGACAGAGACUCUCUUCAAAGCCAGACUCAAUUGACAGAAACAGUAAUUUUACCUAACAGAACACAGGAGUUUGCGGCCUCGGCUGCCUCGAUCAGUUAGUUUGUUUGUGUUACUGUGUGACUUUGGUGAAUCUGAACUAUUUGUGUGCCCCCGUCCACAGCAGUACAUCGUUUAUCUUUGGUGUCAGUACUCUAGCCUGCUUCUCCAAACUUGGACAUGCCAACCAGCAUCCACUGUAUGUAAUGCACUGACUAUGAUUCAGUACCUCAUACAACCCCACUUCAAAAAACCUGUACUAUCCCUUUAAUGUCUGUGUGACUAACCAGACAGUUUUAGGCAUCAGUGGGAGACUCGGUUGUGUGUGAGUAACUGCUCCCAACCUUUCACUCCUCCUCUUGUGUGAGUUAUGAAUCGACCCUCCAUGCUGGGUUUAACACUACACUCCCACUCUGUGUUAGCUGUCAGCUCUCAUUAGUACCGUUAAUUUAGCCAGAGCCCACGCUCGGUGUCAGCUGACGGUGAACGUGGGACACCACACAUUCGGCAUGUCAUGAUAAGAGUAAGUGAAUCAGAGUGAGGCGUUGAUGGAGGUGACUGCACUCUAAUCAUGACAAGCAAAAUAUGUCUACUUCCUGUUAACUAGGGUACAGACAUACAUGUGUAGGAACAAAAAACUAAUUUUCAGUCAUGUAUGGCACAAAUUUGUUGUUUUUAUAAUAUUAGGUCCAGUUUGGAAGAACAAAGUUAAGUCUCCUUUGAUCGUACUCUCAUAUCCUGGACACUUUACCCUCAACAGUGGAAAUAAUAUCAUGAACAUCUGUACAGUCUAGUGUAAUUAAACAGUAUAACAUCUGGAUUGAAUAUGACAUUAACACCUUUGAUCCAGUGCACACUUCAGCUUUUCCCACACACACAGUUUGUUUUAAAUCGCUUUUCCUGUAGUGUAGGAGUGGGCGAUGUGGAUACAAUCCUAAAUAUUCAGGAAAAGUUAUUUUAACAACAGACAUUUUGACAUGUCAUAGCAGGGAAAGCACAGGUGUAAUUAAUAUUAAUAACGACUGCAUUCCCAUUACGAGAAAUAUAAAGAGAUUCAGCUCAAGUGUCGAACUGGCUCACUGUCGUGGCUCGUAUCGACACUUAAUGUUUGUGUCACCUGUGUUUCUCCUGCUAUGAUGAGUCAAAAUGUCUGCUGUGGAAAAAUGAUCUAUACCAGGGCUGUCCAAAAUCACUAGUGCACUGUAUUUACUGUAUACGCACUAUUUAGUGAACCCUGAACCUAAAUCAGAAAGCACAAAGGGAACCUGUUGGCCAGCUUGGUCCCUUCUGUAGUUGGGUUUCCAUCCAAAUGUAGCUCAAAUUUUAACCACAUUUUAAGAAAAUCUCCCCCCAAAAAAGCAAAUUAAUGUGCUUUUAUUUGAGAUAAGGGAAUUGGUUCAUGGAGAUCAGCAGUAGGUGGCGCUAAUUCUCCAGUCAGGGCCACUGCAGAAGAGGGUUCAACAAGAUGACGUAAUUAAAAAAGCACUAGUCAAACCCCUCAAGUUAAGGGAAACAAAUUUAUGUAUAAAAAGAGAGAGCACCCUGGACUAAGUUUUAAACAACUAUGUGCUCUUGGAAGAGUUCUGAUAACAGCCCUGUAUACAUACAUAAGCAUGUUAAAAGCCUCCAGCCACGAUGACGAGAGCUUGCAGUCACUUGUGUACAGUAUGUCAUCAUUUCUUUGCUGAAUGUGUUUCCAUUGCACUUAGCGGCAUUUACCUUUUAUCGACACACCAACUUUUCCAUCUAUGCCAACUAAGCAUAAAAACUAUUUCUCCAUCAUUUCGAGAUUUUUUUUUUUUUUUUUUU